AUUUGUAUGUAAAGAACAUUUUAUCAUGCUAAUAUGGUGGCUGAUUUGUGCCAUUUCAUUAUUUUGUCCUGUCAUAGCGACACGACAAACGUCUUUAAGCCGCCCCUCCACCUCCGCACGUUGCUUUGGCAGCCCAACAAACGUCGCCCCGCCGAAUGUCUCCCCGAUUAACGUCGCCCCGCCGAAUGUCGUCCCGCCAAAACGUCGCCUCGCCGAAUGUCGCCCCGCCGAACGUCGCCUCACCGUGUGUCGCCCCGCCAAACGUCGCCAUGCCAAACGUCUUCUUGCCAAAUGUCGCUCUGCGAAUGUUUCCCCUCCUGAUAUUAGGGCUCAGGCUUUGCAUAAUUAAGGAAGUAAAAAUGAAUUUCUUUACAAGACUUAGUGUUAAAAUAACUGUUCGGAUAAGAUCUGAUAUGACCAUUGCCCAACCCCCUCAGCCAAGUGUAACAUUGACAUUUCAGAUAGGGAUAUGAAGUUUGCUCACAAGAGUUCACCACAUCGACGCAAGCAAUGUAUGACAAAGUUAUAAUCUAGACAAAAAUUAAACGGUCGGACGGACGGACGGCAGGUGCGUGCACGCACGCAUAAUUACCUCUAUCGUUCUGUAUUUCAUGAAAAGUUUACAAUUUAAAUGUGCACUGAUUGAAUGAAGGUUUUGGGUUUGGGAUGCGGGUGAGGGGAUUUUGGUAAGAGUGAGUAAUUUUCUCUUGUAGCACUUCAUUAGAGACUAAAAAUGUUAUCAUGUUCCAGGUGUUAUAGGCAGGUCAUAGUUAAACGUAUGGUCAAACUAAAUCCAACAUGAGAUAUUAAGCAUGGAAUAGUUAGAGUUACACGAGAUAACACACAGAAAAAAAGUCCUCAAAAAUAUCACUACAGGAUACGGAGAUAUCACAUUAUAUUAAUUAGGGAAAAAAAUCAUGCACCGUGUGCUAUGUUUUCCCUACUUCCGGCAACAAACAUUGGAGCUUUAUGUCAAAUUGUGUGGAACACCACUCCUGGUUAUUGUUGAGUGAAUCGUGCAUGUGCUGAGGUGAAGUGUGUUAUUUGCGACAUGAAUGACUUACGUAAAAUAGCAACAUUGGGCGAACAAUAUAUGUUACACCAUUGAACAUUGUCCACUGUGAGUGCAGAAAAAAAAUACAGCAACCCAAAUCUGCUUCGAGCUGCAAAAGGAACUGAAAGCGAAACAGAGAAAUAAUGGAUUCAGCUUUUAUGCUUGUCGUCAUAUGGUUGAUUACUGGAACGAAAUUUGUUGCAGGCUUAUCUUUUACUUUGUCAGCAUCGCGAGUAAAAUUAGGAACUACAGGAACUCUGAGCAUGACAUGUGAUGUUACAGAAAUAGAUGCAGCUGUGAUAUACAACAUUCAAAUACGGCGAGAAACAGACCCAGGAUCAAACUACACAUGGGAAACCCUUGCUGAAAUUGAAGCAGGUUUAAAAGAAGUUCCAGUUUUAGAUAAAGACAUUGUAAAUGACAAGGGCUUUGUUGCUGGUGGUGUAUUUGAUAAAGGUACUCCAAUUAACACUUAUUUAAUAUUAGAUAUGAAUAAAGAGAAACUGACAUAUAGUGACGCCAGAGACUAUAGAUGUGAGCUGACCUAUAAAAGUAACAUUACUGGUAGCGUUGCCUCUGUUCAAAGAAACGCCAGCCUUUCAAUUGUAGGUGACGAUGACCACAACAAAACGCAGUCGGACACAAAUGGAAGCACGGAAUGUGUCUGCAAAACAACACCAGUGAUCGUUGGUGUUAUAUUAGGAGUUUUCUUAGGAAUGACAAAUAUUAUGACGAUAGUAUACGUUAUGAAGAUGAAGAUGAGACAGGCAAGAGCAGGAGAUCAAUUAGGAGUUGGAGAACCAACAAACUUUGUUCCUUCAUAUGAGCUUAAGUGCUGCAUACGAAAAGGUGACAAUGUUCGUGAGAAAGUGACAUAGACUGUGCCCAGCAGGUUUCGCUUGAUAUUUGAUGUUCUAUGAAGACAGCGUAUCUAGUCGUACAUCUAAGCAGACAUUGGACCAAAUUCAAUCGCGAAACUAGGAAUGUAAAUUUCUUAAUUACGCAGCCUCUAUGGUAUAUGAGGAAUUGCAGAUAUGAAGCGCUCUACCAAUAACCUAAAACGGUCUAGAAUUGAUCUUUUAAAAGGACAGAUAGAUAUAACUGGACAAGUAAACUAUGAAUACAACAGUGCCUUCUUGUCACACCUCUCAUACGUGAAUAUCCUUUGGAAGCAGAAAAUAAAACUGUUAUGUUAUAUAAUGUAUAUAUAUUUGGUGUAGAGAUUAAUAAUUGGUGAAAUAUAAUAUGAACUGUACGUAAUGAUUAGGCUGAAAUCUGAAAACGAGUAAUGUAAAUGGUGUGUAAAAAGUUCGUUCCUAUUUUCACCAUACGCUUCAUUUUCAAAUGAGGAGGCAAGUGCCGCUGUAAUUUAAACAUUCAAACAAGAACGCAUAUCAGUUUUAGAAAAUUGAAUAAAAAUAGUAUAAUUUCCGGACAAACUGGAUUCUUUGUCUAUAAAACACAUAUAUAUUUAAAUCACUCAAUUUCGAAAAGGCAAAUAUUUCCACUGCCCCAAUCCACUUUAUUAUACUGUUUACAUGUACUGGUCACUUAAAUAAAUUCAUGGUUCUGGCUAAAGUAGCUUAUAGGUAUGUUCAUCAGAAAAUGAAAACGUUCAAUCAAUAUUAGUUCCGAAAUGGAAACGCUAGCCUGUAAUAUUUUCAACAGCUUGAUUUUAUCCGAAAUGGCAUUAUCCAAACUUGGCACACUUUUUAAAUGUGAAAUCUAUAUAGCUAGCUUACGGUUUACAUGCCAAAUUGCAUUUGAUGACAUUCUUGUAUACUAAACAGGUUUUACAGUAACAAUGCGAGACGUGCAACAAAAUCCAUUCGAUACUAUACAGUUUAUUAGGGUAACAAAAACGAAUAGGAACGAAUUACUACACACCCUUUAUAUGUUAGGUGUUGUGUUGAUAUUUGAUAAAAUAUAGCAUGAAUGAACGUAACGGUUAGAUUAAUAUCUCUUUACGGGCAUGUGUAUAUGUAUAUGAAAUCUGUUACGGCUGAUGUUGAAAUCUUUUACGGCUGAUGUUCAUGUUGUAUUGAGAUUAUUUUUUAUGAAAUACUCAAUGCACUUAGUGAAUGAUAAUUCUACAAGAUGAAUGUAUGCCGCAUGAGGCAUUGAUCAGUUAGGAUAAUGAUAUAAAAAUCUGAUAGUUUGUUGAAAGAUUUUACAUAAUACUACAUCAUGCAGUUCUGAUACUAUUUACUAUUUGACCGAUGUUGUAUAGGUUAAAGAAAUUUACAACAAUGCAGCUUACCAAUGCAUACUGUAAAAGCAAAAAUUUUCGCGAGAGUUUAAAUAUCGCUAUAUUCGCGAAGCCCAACAUAUCGCGAAAAUUAAUCCUCGCGUAAAUGUUCACCAUAAGUAUAAUUCAUAUUCAAGAAUUAUACCGUUUUUACAAUUUCGCGAAUAACUUGGACAGUACUUAAAAAGACAUCAUAAGAGUGAGUGUACACUGGGAAAAUCUUACUUCGUUUGAAUUGGUACUUAUUGAAUCCAAAGUAAGACAGAAAUGUAAGGCAUGGUCACGAAUUAAAUGGCAUGAAAGAAAGCCAAUUCAUUGUGAAAUAAAUGUGAAUAUACAUGUAAGGAAAAUUAGCGGUAAAAUUUGUGAUUUAAAUCUUAGUUUGUUUAUAAAUACGAGUAUGUUCGAUUGUGAUACAUGUUUUUGAGAUUGUCCUGUUAUUUUGUAAAUGUCAUUAAGUUUGCAAACAUUCUGUAAGCACAUGUAUAUUUCACUGUUGUUUCUUGUCAACGUCCGUUUCCAGACAAGGUUUACAGCAUAGUGGAAAGUUUGUGUGUUGAUCUGAAGUAAGUUUUCAUGUUUAGCUCUUCUGUAUUAGUAUUCAGAUAUUAAAUCUUAAGUUUCAAUUGUAGCAAUACGUUCGUCAAUAUAAUCAUUUUUAGUAUAGUUAGUAUACAGAUACUAUGUACUGGAAGUAGUAGAUACUAUUAUAUUAUUAGUGCUCUCAUUCAGGUACACAAGUAAAAGGUAUAUCACAACCGA